AUGAUAUCAUCAACCGAACCUCAUAAUGAUGGACAUAAUGAUGGAAGCGAAGAACCAUUGACUCCUUCAUCAUCAAGAUCAUUGGAUUUCAUUCCUCAUGCUCCCUUCAAAUAUCACUUCUUUUUGAAAGGAACAGAAAUUUCGAAAGCCAUCCUUGAAGGCAUUGAAGAGAUGGAGGAAUUUGAAGAAUUGAAAGACAUUUUGCACUUGUUCCAAAAUGAUCCAUCCAAGAAGAGAUUUGGCUUUCCUGGUCUUGAGGUUGCCAUUGAUAACUUUACGGAAUACAUUCGCAAUAGAAAUGAGGGAGAAAUUUCAAAGAAUUUUGACUUUUAUCGGGAUUUACUUCCAAAAAUCGCGUUCUAUGCAUUGGAGGUGCCUGAAAGUGAAUUGAUUGAGAAGCUUCCUCUCAUGGAAAUGAAUCAGUCCGUCUCUCUCUCAAUUCCACCAAAAUAUGUGAGAUGUAUUCUAGCGAAUGCGUUCUUUUUGAACAUUUCUUCGGAAAUUCACAAUCACUUCCAAAAGGAAAAGGAAAAAGAUUAUGGUGUUUUGGAUUUUAAUAGAUUGUAUGUUUGUCGUUUGGACGAAGCUGUUGAAAGAAUUAUUUGUCAGCUCAGCUAUUUCUAUCAACAAGCGAUUGAUGGAGACAAGUUAUGCAAUCAGCGAGAAGAUAUCAUCUUUACCCGAUACAAUCUGCUUCCAGAAGAUGAACCCAAUUGGUUGGAAAUGAAAAAUAUUGACUUUUCUGAUGAGGAUGCCACAAAGAACAUGGUUCGGGUGCACAGCGGUCGUAUGGAAGAUGUUCCAUGCCGUGGAUUUGUUGACUUUGCCAACCGAUUCAUUCAUAUUGGUUCCAUUAUUCCAUCCCUUACUCAAGAAGAAGUUCUGUUCAGCUGCUGUCCUGAAAGCUUUUUGACUCUUCUCAUUUGUGAGUCUCUUUCCGACUCGGAAAUUAUCAUUAUGAAAAAUAUUGUUCGUUACAGUGAGUAUACAGGAUACCUGAACACAUUUAAAUUUACAGGUCUUUUUGAGCCACGAGGUCACACCAUUGAUAUUAUCAUUAUGGAUGCCAUUCCUAAAAGACACUUCCAACCUGAAAUGAUCAAACGUGACCUCAAUAAGGCCUACUUGGGAUUUAAGAACAUGAAUAAUACAGAUAUAACUACCGGUAAUUGGGGAUGCGGUGCAUUUGGUGGUGACAUCACCUUGAAAUUAACUCAACAGUGCUGUGCAGCCAGAGUGACCAACUCUGUUCUCCACUAUUCAACAUUCAAGAAUGAAGACUUGAAGAAAGAGAUGGAGGAUAUCCUACACCUAUUUGCUAUCACCAAAAUUUCCAUCAGCGAACUAUAUUACAUUAUGAUCACUUACCACGAGUAUAGAGCUCUCAAUUCCAAAGCUCAAUUUAAGGAUUACCUCCUUCAGGAAUUAGAGAGAAAGAGGCUCGAACAGUCCCAACAAUAA